AUGGCAGCAACCAGGGCCUUGCCUGCUGGAUUUGGGGAACUCGAGGUGCUGGCUGUAGGAACAGUGCUGCUGGUGGAAGCGCUCUCUGGCCUCAGCCUCAAUGGCCUGACCAUCUUCUCUUUCUGCAAGACUCCGGAUCUGAGGACUCCCAGCAACCUGCUGAUACUGAGCCUGGCCCUGGCAGACACUGGGAUCAGCCUGAAUGCUCUUGUUGCAGCUGUAUCCAGCCUCCUCCGUCUCACUGUGCCCAUUGUUUCCCACAGGCGCUGGCCAUAUGGUUCAGAGGGCUGCCAGGCUCAUGGUUUCCAGGGAUUUGCAACAGCGUUGGCCAGCAUCUGUGGCAGUGCAGCCAUUGCCUGGGGUCGCUAUCACCACUAUUGCACCCGGAGACAGUUGGCAUGGGACACGGCCAUCCCUCUGAUGUUGUUUGUGUGGUUGUCAUCUGCCUUCUGGGCGUCCUUGCCGCUCAUGGGCUGGGGCCACUAUGACUAUGAGCCAGUGGGGACAUGCUGCACACUGGACUAUUCUAGAGGUGACAGAAACUUCAUCAGUUUCCUCUUCACCAUGGCCUUUUUCAACUUCCUUGUACCCCUCUUCAUCACACUCAUUUCCUACCGGCUCAUGGAAGAGAAACUGUCCAGGAGUGGUCACCUCCAGGUGAACACCACUCUGCCAGGCAGGAUGCUGCUGCUGGGCUGGGGCCCCUAUGCACUCCUGUACCUAUAUGCAGCCAUUGCAGAUGUGAGCUUCAUCUCUCCCAAGCUACGGAUGGUGCCUGCCCUCAUUGCCAAAACCAUGCCCACCAUCAAUGCCAUCAACUAUGCCUUGCACAGUGAGAUGGUCUGUAGAGGAAUCUGGCCGUGCCUCUCUCCUCAGAAGAGCAAGCAGGACCGAACCCAGUGA